AUUUUCAAAUGGACGUACGAAAUACAAUUGAAUAUUCCACGUGUGAGAAGGAUGAUAGUGCGGAAGAUAGUUUUAAAAAUAUAGUUAAUGCAAUCCUGCGACUGACAUCUGAUAUUAAUGCAGAUUUUCCGGAAGAAACAGAAAUGUCGUCUUCUAAUUCCGAUGAAGAAGAGGAGGGUGAUUUCUGGUUUCUGGAAACUACUAGUUGUGAAAACAGACCUUUAAAGAAAGAGUUUUUAUUUUUAGAGAAGCAUUCAUUGGUCAAAAAAAUAAUAUAUGAGGAGAACGAAGACGAUGACGUCAGUAUUAAAUUGGAUGAAGGUGAGGUUACAAACAGAUUAUAAAGAAUUAUAAAAUAAUUUGUUAAAAAUUAUUAAGAAAUCUUUUAAUGUUAAACUCAUUCUGU